AUUUUGUUGUUAGACGGAGACAAACUGGAGGAGAAUAAUACCAUUCCGUUGUUGCCUCGGAUUGUUAUGAAGAUUCACAUAUCGGGAAAUAUUUUCUCCAUUAACAGCUACAGCUAGCAGACUAGACCACGGGAAGACGAAGGGCUUUUUCAUCAAAGCCUGAGGAAGUCGAUUCACGGCUUCUAGAGCACCGUGCGCCGAGGUGAAUUCAUGUUCAACUCGGUUACACGACAAAACAACGCUCAUUGGCACAUGAAAACCUCAGAUCUUGCUGGACCUAGACGUGCAGCGAGAAGUAGAUCAACUACUUCGAGGACCUGGAGCCCGAUCGGUGAAGAGAAAUUAAAAAGUGAAGAAAACCAAGCACUCAACUUUUCUACAACAGUGAGGUGACAUCCAGUUAAAGCAGUAUGGGAGGUGGUGAGAGAUACAACAUUCCAGAUCGCCCAGCGCCCAAGAAGAGCCACCCAAUUGGCAGAGGCAAGCAGAGAAGUCGAGACCAGAAUGGAGUGGUGCAUUCCGCCUCCUCAGGAGCCUUAGGGGUGCCCCAUCACCUCAGCCAUCGCAGGGGUGAGAAGGGCACCAGCUAUUCUUGGUCUCCUGAGGCGCGGCAGGCCGCGUCUGUAGACAUGAAGAAUGCUGCUGUUCGUUUUGCCACACCAUAUGAUCAGAAUUGGGAGGGGACCAUGUCCCACCUGAACAAACUUUUGUCAGCUCAGUGUGGUCAGAACUAUGCUGGAGCCAAGUUCAGUGAGCCCCCAUCCCCAAGUGUUCUACCUAAGCCCCCGAGCCACUGGGUGUCUCUUCCCAUCGGCGCUUGCGACCAUCGUGAGAUGAUGACCUUUCAGUUAAAGAGCCUUCUGAAGGUUCAGGCAUAACAAGGUCUCACUGCUGCUCUCUAAAGCCAAUAUGAAUGAAGGCUCCGCUUUGACCUUUGCCCUCCCCUUGAAUGCUUCAGCUGCGUAAUAUAUUUUACAGCUAUUUUUAGAUUUGCGUCUUAAUAAGGUGAUGAGCAUUUGACAGGCAGAUGUUUCUCCUAAAUGUCCGUCACCUAAUUUUUUAAAAGAAAACCGCUCCACUAGUUAUUACGUCAUUGAGGCCUUAAGGGGUGGUCGAGAACCCUUAGCGGAGCUGUACGCCAUGACAAAUGAUGAACUGGAUGUCCUCCUAAUAACUCAUUGCUCUGUUAUGCUCCUGUUUUGUUUUGUUCUUUUUUUGAUGGCUGUUUUUGACAGUGUUUUUUUUUUUCUUCUCAACCUGGCCUAGGAGUAGAUGUCAAGACAACUCGCACCAUUUCCUUUCUAAUAUUUCGCGUUCUGUUUUUCGCUUGCUGAGGUUUGAUGCGCACUCUCGGCUUGAGUUUUAAUCAUGCAGGGAGUGGUGGAAACCUCUUGGUGCUAAGCACAGCAGCAUUUGUAGCAUUAUAGUGCGUACCGCAUUUCCAGGUAUCUUUUUUUAUUUUGCUUUUUGGGAAGUAAAAGCCACUUGACGUCGUUCUGCAGGGAGAACUAAGCGAACAGAAUACGGAGGGGGGACAAGCUUAAGUGAAAAGGUCAUUUAACUAGCCUCAAGCUUAAUGAGGUGGCACAAUGGACCUUGUGCUUUCAACACCUGUACUUCUUUUUUAAUGGCGCUGUGCGCAUUGCACUAUAGGUGUUGAAAUUCAUUAAGGUUCACAAGCUCUAUUGCAGCGUUAAGCUUGUACUUUUUGCAUCCCUUAUGGUAUAGCUUAGAAAACUAAGUGUUUUUUUUUUUUUUUUUUUUUUUUUUUAUGUCUACCAAAGCUACGUAAUCAGCAAUUUUCUGUUGGAAUCCCCCUUAGCUUAACCAGAUCUGGUUACAAGUGCCAUAAAUCAUUGGGUAAGGCAUUAGCGUAUAUCAAGGUUUUGGUUGACAAAUCAUUUUUUGGAAUUAAUUUUUUAAACUUUGCUGUACUUUUAGAACGAUCACAGAGCAAAUAUGCGGAGGAUGGUUAUGAUGCGAGACCAUAGGACAGAUGUUUUCUCUGGUCUUGUCUCAAAGCCUUGUUUGCUCUGUGAUGUGUUUUGAUAUUAUAAGCAUUAUGUUAUGAAAUGUGUGUAUUAUGGCACGGGGGAAGUGAGAAAUGAGGCGCAAGUCCAGUGUGGACAUGUUUACAUUGUUAAAAAAAAAAAAGGCAGGAUGCCGGCAUUUUACACACACUGCCCUUUCUCACUUGUUGUUAUUCUUGCACUGCUGUUCAUUUGUGUUCAAAAGUUUCAGACAAUGUUGCUCUUUCAACUGUGGAUAUGUGAAGCACCCCUUCCCACUUAGUAAUGCGUGUGGCGGAAAAAAACUACCUCUCUUGCAGAACGUGAUAUUAAUAGCUAUCUUAAAGAUGACAAAACAAAGCUGAUAAGUUUUGGAUGUGUGUAAUGGAGCCAUGUAAAUAAUGAAAUGUAUAAAAUGUUGUAGCAUAUUGUACAUUUGUGCAGGAACGUUUGAAACCUGCAGAUAAAGUAUUUUUAGUAAUAACACUGAAUGUAAAAGUCACGCUAAGGACGUGGCUUGUUUUCAAAUGCUGAAGAAUAUUUUGUUAAGAAAAAAAGAGAAAAUUUUGCCUAUAGUGCGUCAAACCCCCUGCACUGUGCAGUUUGUUGCCAGUGAUCUUGCACAUAAUAUUUUUAUUUUGUAAAAUGCACCAUGUAGGGGCAGAACGAGCUUUAAGUGCAAGUAAAAAAAAGAUGGAAUAAAUUUGUUUUGAAAUCGAAAGGGACUUUUAUACGUUGUUUUUGAGUUGCCUAUGCAAAUAGUAAUUUUGUUUUAAUUUUUGCUUGGUUAUAAUGGUACAUUUUGCCCUUUAUCCAGAGUCCAUAAAGUAGUGUUACAUUUGCAUCAAGUCAUUGGUCUUUCCUCCGCAGGCCAAUGUUUGAUGCCAAUGAUGCUGCAUUUACCUCCAGAAAAGCCAGAUUACAUUUUAACCUUUUAAAGUAAAAAGUAAAUUAUUUUAAUAGCAUGUGUAAAAGUCCUUUUCCUAAAUUUGGCUGUCCCGAACAAUUGGCUUUGAAUUUAUCCCAACUUUGUAAGUGUCACUUGAAAUGCAAACUGAAAGCCCUUUUGGUACGAAUUGGUAUACUAAACGAUUGUUUAAUUUGGUUGUCUAAAAAAAUAAAA